AUGUCUGGGCCCACCACGUGCUGCCGCCGCUUUCCCCUGCUGCUCGUCUUGCUCCUCUUCCUCCUCGCCGGCGAGGGCCGCUCCCAGCCGGCCGCCGGCCCCAGCGACCGCGACACGCUGCUCGCCGUCAAGAAGGAGUGGGGCAGCCCCCCGCAGCUCAAGUCCUGGGACCCCGCCGCCGCCCCCAACCACUGCAACUGGACCGGCGUCAGGUGCGCCACGGGCGGCGGCGGGGUCGUCACCGAGCUUACCCUGUCCAGCCUGAAACUCACCGGCUCCGUCCCGGCAUCGGUGUGCGCGCUCAAGAGUCUCACCCGCCUCGACCUCUCCUACAACAACCUCACCGGUGCCUUUCCCGGCGCCGCGCUGUACGCCUGCGCGGGGCUCAGCUUCCUCGACCUCUCCAGCAACCAGUUCUCGGGGCCGCUCCCGCGCGACAUCGACCGCCUCUCGCCGGCGAUGGAGCACCUCAACCUCUCCACCAACAGCUUCACCGGAGUGGUGCCGCCCGCGGUGGCGGGGUUCCCGGCGCUCAGGUCCCUGCUGCUCGACACCAACAACUUCACGGGCGCGUACCCCGCGGCCGAGAUAAGCAGCCUCACCGGUCUCGAGACGCUCACGCUGGCCGACAACGCGUUCGCGCCGGCGCCCUUGCCUACGGAGUUCGCCAAGCUGACCAACCUCACCUAUCUCUGGAUGGACAGAAUGAACCUCACCGGAGAGAUCCCGGCGGCUUUCUCCAGCCUCACGGAGCUCACUACUCUGUCCUUAGUGUCGAACGAGCUCAACGGCUCGAUCCCGGCAUGGGUGUGGCAGCAUCAGAAGCUCCAGUGCAUCUACCUGUUCGACAAUGGCCUCUCUGGCGAGCUGACGCGCAGCGUGACGGCGUUGAACUUGGUUCAGAUUGAUUUGUCGUCGAAUCAGCUCACCGGAGAGAUACCGGAAGACUUCGGCAAUCUCAAGAACCUCACCCACCUGUUUCUAUACAAAAACCAGCUCACCGGCACCAUCCCGGCGAGCAUCGCGCUGCUACCACAGGUCAGGGACAUCCGGUUGUUCCAAAACCAGCUUUCCGGGGAGCUCCCGCCGAAGCUGGGCAAGCACUCGCCGCUGGGCAACCUUGAGGUGUCCGUCAACAACCUCUCUGGCCCGCUGCGAGAGUCGCUCUGCGCCAACGGGAAGCUCUACGACAUUGUCGCCUUCAACAACAGCUUCUCAGGCGAGCUCCCCGCGGAACUCGGGGACUGCAGCACUUUAAACAACCUGAUGCUCCACAACAACAACUUCUCCGGCGACUUCCCGGAGAAGAUAUGGUCGUUCCCGAAGUUGACCUGGGUGAAGAUCCAGAACAACAGCUUCACCGGCACGCUGCCGGACCAGAUAUCCCCCAACAUUUCACGGAUUGAGAUGGGCGACAACAUGUUAUCCGGCUCCUUCCCGGCCUCUGCACCAGGGCUCAUGGUGCUCCAUGCCGAGAACAACCGGCUGGGCGGCGAGCUGCCGUCUGACAUGAGCAAGCUCGCCAACCUUACUGACUUGUACGUGCCCGGCAACCGGAUCUCUGGCUCCAUCCCAACAUCGAUCAAGCUGCUGCAGAAACUAAAUUCACUCAACAUGAGAGGCAACCGGCUGUCCGGCGCCAUACCGCCGGGGAGCAUCGGUCUUCUCCCAGCACUGACGAUGCUUGACCUGUCCGACAAUGAGCUCACCGGCAGCAUCCCGUCAGACGUAAGCAACAUGUUCAACUUGCUUAACCUGUCAUCAAACCAGCUCACCUUGCUUAACCUGUCAUCAAACCAGCUCACCGGCGAGGUGCCGGCGCAGCUGCAGAUCGCGGCCUACGACCAGAGCUUCCUCGGCAACCGGCUCUGCGCCAGGGCGGACUCAGGCACGAACCUCCCGACGUGCCCAGGCGAAGGCCGGGGAAGCCACGACGAGCUUUCCAAGGGACUGAUCAUCCUCUUCGCGCUGCUCGCUGCCAUUGUCCUCGUCGGCAGCGUCGGCAUUGCGUGGCUGCUCUUCCGGCGCCGGAAGGAGAGCCACGAGGUGACGAACUGGAAGAUGACGGCGUUCACCCAGCUCAACUUCUCCGAGUCGGACGUGCUCAACAACAUCCGCGAGGAGAACGUGAUCGGCAGCGGCGGGUCCGGGAAGAUUAGCGGGGGCUCCGCCCGCACCCCCAAACACAGGGGCGAGACCUGA